CAGAAUUGCUAAUCAAAGCGGAAGAGAACUAGACUAAAUUCAUCAUAUUAAUACCACACUUAACCUUCCUCUUCUGAUUCACCUCGACCAGCUGUGUCACCUUUUCAUGAUGGAGAAAACUAGCUCCCUUGUUUCUGUUACAUUUCCAUUGUUGGUGCACUACUACUACUACUCUCUCAUGGCUUGCUUGGCUGUGACGGUGAGUACUAGUAGGACUGCAACCAUUGUCACCACUGAUCAAUCGGCUCUUCUUGCCCUGAAAUCCCACAUCACUAGCGAACCCUCGCAACAUUUUGGCCAACAAUUGGACCACCUCAACCUCCCAUUGCAAUUGGAUUGGUGUCCAUUGCAGCAUUCGCCACCACAGAGUUGCUGUCUUGAACCUUUCUUACAUGGGCCUAAGAGGCACCAUCCCUCCACACAUUGGAAACCUCUCCUUUCUAGCCUUACUAGACAUCAGAAACAACAGUUUCUAUGGUAAUGUCCCUGAAGAGAUUGGUCAUUUGCGUAGACUAGAAUACAUCAAUUUCUUUUCCAAUGACUUUACAGGAAACCUUCCUAAAGAAUUCGGCAAGCUUACUAGUCUAGAGUUUUUGGAUACGACAUGGAACCAACUUUCGGGCUCCAUACCUGCCCCCAUCUUCAAUAUAUCCUCACUGGAAACAAUUGCUUUCGCAAGUAAUAGUCUGUCGGGUAAUCUUCCGGCUGAUAUGUGCUAUCUUAUUCCAAAACUCUCUUGGCUUGAUCUGUCCUACAACCAGUUCGAUGGCCAAAUUCCUUCCACUUUAUAUGAUUGUUCCAAACUUCAGAUCUUUUCAUUGGCAUAUAAUAAAUUCAGUGGAGCAAUACCAAGAGAAAUUGGAAACUUAACCUUCCUGAAAGGGUUAUAUCUUGGUGCAAACAAUUUAAAAGGAAACAUUCCUAUAGAAAUUGGCAAGCUUGUUAAUCUGAAAGUUUUGGACAUGGGGUGGAACCGGCUUUCGGGCUCCAUACCAGCCUCCAUCUUCAACAUCUCCUCACUGGAAAGAAUUGGUUUAGACAAUAAUAGCCUGUCGGGUAAUCUUCCAACGAAUAUGUGCUACAGUCUUCCAAAACUCUACUGGCUUGGUUUGUCCUCUAACCAGUUCGAUGGCCAAAUUCCUUCACUUGAAUGCUCCGAACUUCAAACCCUGUUGUUGUCAAAUAACAAAUUCAAUGGAGAAAUACCAAGAGUGAUUGGGAAUUUAAUCUCCCUGAAAGAGUUAUAUCUUGGUAGAAACAACUUGACAGGUAAAAUUCCACAACAGCUGGGAAAUCUUCAGAAUUUAGAGAUAUUAGCAAUUGAGGAAGCUGGCCUCACUGGUACCAUACCAUCUUUUGUCUUUAACACUUCUUCUUUGAAAGAGAUUUAUCUCUAUAGCAACAACUUCACUGGUAGUCUGCCAUGGGGUAUGAGCUGGCAUCUUCCCAUGCUCGAGAAAGUUUAUCUUUACAGAAAUGAACUGUAUGGAAGCAUUCCAAGAGAAAUUGGAAACUCAACUUCACUAAUUCAAUUAUAUCUGAACGAGAAUAGUUUGACAGGUGCAAUUCCACGAGAGAUUGGAAACCUUUGCGAUUUGGAGCAUUUAAUUUUAGGUUUGAAUAACUUAAAAGGUCCAAUCCUGGAAACAAUUUUCAACAUGUCGAAACUACGGUUCCUUUCAUUGGUUAACAAUUAUCAUCUUUCAGGCAAACUUCCGUCAAGUAUUAGAUUACCCAAUCUUGAAGGAUUAUACCUUGCUGGAAAUAGCCUCAACGGAAUUAUCCCUCACUCUAUCUCAAAUCUUUCCAAACUCACUAUUUUAAGCCUUUCCAGCAACAAUUUCAGUCAUUCAAUUCCCAACUCACUUGGUAACUUGAGACAACUCGAAUUUCUAGACCUAGUAGGAAACAAUUUCAACAGCGAAUCUCCAAACCAAGAAUUAAGCUUUAUCACUGCCUUGACAAAUUGCAAACACUUGAGAAUAUUGUGGAUAGAUAACAAUCCUUUGAAUGGCAUCCUUCCAGUUUCCAUUGGGAAUUUUUCCACUUCGCUCCAAGAUAUCCGGGCAAGUUAUUGUGAAAUUAAGGGCAGCAUUCCCAACCAUAUUGGUAACUUGACCAAUUUAGCUUUCCUAUGUCUAAGUGGCAAUGGCUUCACUGGAUCUAUUCCAACGACAAUGAAAGAGUUGCAAAAGCUUCAAAUUUUAGAUCUUGGAAUUAACAGGAUACAAGGCCCCAUUCCAAAUAAUCUUUGCCACUUACACAACUUGGGUUUAUUAGCUCUGCAUGAAAAUGAACUUUUUGGUCCGAUUCCAACUUGCUUAGGGAAUAUUACAUCUCUAAGAGAACUUUUUCUGGGUUCCAACAAAUUAACUUCCACGGUGCCCAUAAAUUUGUUCAGCCUCAAAGAUAUUUUGUAUUUGAACUUGUCCUGA